AUGAUCACGCACGACAAUAUACUGCUAGGGUAUGGCCGAGUACGAGCAUACGAUAAUCAUGCGAAAUGCGGGUUGGUCUGGAUACCACAUGUGGUAGCAUAUCGUUGUCGGACGUGCGGCAUUUCACCGUGCAUGUCGAUCUGUCGUGAUUGCUUCAAGAGAGGUAACCACCAGAACCAUGAUUUUAAUAUGUUCUUAUCACAGGCGGGCGGGGCCUGUGACUGUGGCGACACGUCCGUUAUGAAACCAGAGGGUUUCUGUAGUGAUCACGGCUUGAACAGUUGCCCUUCGAGUACCCCAGUUCCCGACGAUUUGUUGCUCCCAGCGGAGGCGAUGAUGCCGCGCUUAAUACUCCGCAUGCUUCUACACUUCCGCGAGUUCAGUGCUAUCAAUCACGAUUCGGCUGGAUGUCGUCGGACAGCUGAGUAUUGCAAUGACUACUGCGCCAUGUUGAUGGAGUUUAACAACAUGGGUGAGCUGAUGAGGCGCGUGAUGACCCGCACACUCAUAGACCGGAAAGUGUAUCGAGGGUUGUUUGAGCAGCCCUAUCCCAUCAACAGUAACAGAAACUAUCUACGAAACAGCCGGCGAUUAUAUGAGGAUGCCCUCCACCAAUUUCCUUCGCCGGAACCUCCGCCAGAGUAUGCGUAUCUGCCCGCACUUGGACGCACCAUCGUGCACGGUACAUUGCUGGAGGAGUUCAUCUUCUGGACGUUUAAAUAUGAAUUUCAGCAGCAGAUCGUGUGCUUCCUUCUGAAUAUGUUGCCUGACCAAGAUUAUAAAGAGCACCUGACGCGUACUUUCGUUAUGCACUAUUGUCGCAUUCCAAGCGUGCUUGAACUGUCUAAUGACCCGGACACUCUAAGUAACAGGGUAGUGCAUAUGAGCGUCCAGCUUUUUUCCAACGAAAGUCUCGCGCUGAAGAUGGUUGAAGAACUAUCUCUACUGCAUGUCAUGAUCAUUAGCCUACGGCAGAUGAUGGCGAAAAUUUUAACCCCACACUUGCUUCACAAUCCUGAGCGAAACUUUCACUAUGUGGUCGAUUGCGCUGAGCGAGUGAUGAAAGAACACUGCUACUGGCCGCUUGUGUCGGACUUCAACAAUGUCCUGUCGCAUGAGUCGGUUGCGCUCGUUUUCCUGCAGAACGACGCACUCAUCGACAUGUGGUUCCAGUUCCUAUCGAUGUUGCAAGGAAUGAAUGUUAACCUUCGCGAGAUCAUAAGCCAUGUAGAAUAUGAGUCUAGUUCCUACUAUGCAGCGUUCAGCUGCGAGCUAGAGGCGAGUGCCUAUCCCAUGUGGUCCGUUAUCUCGCACUUGCAAGAUCCGUCACACGCGCCCCUCGCCAAAAACAUCAUGAUGUAUUGCGUUAACUAUUUGAACGAGUGGCUCGAGGCGGUUAACUUCUAUCAGCAUCCUAAAUUCGAGAAGGAUGAUAUGUUUCGUGCAUCAUUUCACUUUCCAUUGCACCGCUAUCUGGCUGCCUUCGUUUGUCAGGGCGUGAAAACGAUGGGUAUGUCACUCAAAGACAUUUUGCCUCGCGCUGAUUUGUUACCGAUGCUGAUGAUGCAUCCCCUCCGCGUGCAGAGCCUUUUCUAUGAGAUUUUGUCUGGUGUGUGGGUGCGGAACGGCCUGCAAAUCAAAGGCCAGGCGAUGACGUACAUACAGGCAAAUUUCUGCAACUCGAUGGUCGACAUGGACUUGUUCUUCCUGCAAAUCUGCUCAACUCAGUUGCCUCCGAACCUGUUUGUCAGAGAGUGCAUCACAAUGUUUGGAAUUGAAGACUGGAUCGGCAUGAGUCUUCUGAGCACACCUCCCGAAAUGGAGCAGGACUCUAUGCUCGAGGGGCUACUAACAUUUUUCGCUACGCUCAUCACCUCUCGUGUCAACCUCGGUAAUGACGAAACAACGCAGUGCAUCAUAGAAAUCGGAGCGCUUCUCGCGACUGGUGACAAAACUCACAGCCAGCUGUUGGAGCUGAUGCCUGAACGCAGUGGCAACGCGCAUGCUCGCAACUUCGAGCGUUAUCUGAAGCAGUUGUCGAUUUACCGACCACCGCUGGUCGGUUCUGAAAAUCUCGAACAGGGCUUGUUCAUGCCGGUACCGGAGGUCUGGGAGCGGUACUACGACCCACUGCAUGUACUGCUACGAGCCGUUCACCGGCGUGAUUUUCAGAACUCACUCGAUCGAUUCGGAGCUUACGUAAAGCAGACAGGAAAGAUGCCGGCAAGUGGUAAUCUUUGGCCUCCCUUCCGCUUGCCAAGUCCAUGCGGGCCUGCCUACAGCGAUCCGGGGGUGGUACUUUGUUCGCGAAUCUUUCACGCCACCAUUCUAGCUAUUUUCUACCGAGCAGUCCACACACACAACGUGUCAGAGCAUAUGCUCGCUCUUGCUGUAUUUUUGCUCGAAAUGGCCGUCAGCAAAGCAGGGGCAGUUGGAGGCGAUGCUACCACUAGCCGAUCGACGGUCGGUGAUGCGACAUAUGUGAGUGGAAGCCUUAAGAAUCGCUCUACUAACGUCAAUGAAGUUCCGAUAUCUACUUACGCCUGUUCAGUGCCGAAUCUGCUCAGCUGCUAUCCAAGCAAUUGCCUAAGUGACAACCUCAAAAUGACAGUCAAUCGCAUCUCUCUACUGCCCGUCAUUAGGCGCUCGCCUGUUUCCUAUCACAAGCCGAGCGACACUGGAUCACCUGCAUUCGAUAGCGACGUUGAGUGGGAUCUAUCAGAAGACGAAACACUUAUGAUGAUCGGGAGUAUUUCAGAUGCUAUGUCCACUUACCCUUGCGUUCAAACUGAUGCUAGUUCUAGGGAGCAUCAACAGUCAACGAUGGUUGAGUCGGGCACUCAUUUUGGGCGGCAUGACGACGUUGGCCCUAGCGACACCAUAGAAGAAUGCCGCACAAUGAUUAGUACGAGUACACUGGUGCCGCCCCGAGAGAUCGGAAGAGUUGACGAAGUCCAAUGUACACGGGAUCUAACGAUAACCGAUAAUAGAUUGCUUAUUCCAGUGCGCCAUGCAACCUUUGUGUCCUCUACCAGUUCCCAUAUGCUCGUCGAACAAGAUGACAACGACGAUGAUGGUAAUGAAGUGGAGGUAGACGAAAAUGAGCAAGGGAUGACAAGAAACGCAGGGAAUAGUAGGCCAAACUUAUCUACGGAUCAGCACGAACGACGAAGGAUACCGGGGCGUCGCGACGAUGAUUUGAUAGGGAAAGAGAACAUGCUAUACCACGUAAUGGACGAGGAUGGCGAUGCAAUGGACGAUGAUGUACGUGUCGAACGUCCUGCGGCACGAGAGCUAACGAUUAAUGAUGAUAUCGCGGGCGAUGUCGGCAAUGACGGUCGCUACAACCACCAUACGGACAACGUUGUUGAAGACGUGGAGGAAGCGGUUACUAAUGCGAACAUAGCUUCUAUUGCUUCUCAAGGGACACUGAUAAGGAGUACCACCUCGUACACUAACAACAAUACGAGUAGCGCCGACAGCAAUAGCCACAUCAUAAUCGACAAUAACAAUAGCAACAAUCGUCAUUACGCCAUUCAAAGUCAUCUUCGACAGCAGCAGCAUCUUCGGAACCAUCAUCACCAUCUCCACCACCGUCGAACACCUUUGCAUCCCUCUCCGCACCACCAGGCAGAUAGUGAAGAUGGUGAAAUUGGUACCAGUCCCAUGGCUGGCACGCUCAUUCACUUGAAUCCUACUCAAGUCCGCCAGUUUAACGUGGGGGAGGAGGGAACGACCCGCAUGGAGCUGGUGAUAAGGCAUGAGCUUGUACCGACAACUUCAAAUGCCGGUGGGGAUGGUGGUGAUAGCGGCCACGGAGUAACCAGGAUUGGGCAAGAGAUAGCAUAUCCUCGAUCUCGCACCUCGCCGAAUGUUUUCGGUUCAGUUAGCGAAAGGUUACAGACCGUAGCGACGGGCAGCGACAGUAGCAAUAAUGGUGGUGAUGGCAUACUUCUGCCAUUCAAUCGUGUCCAACCUGUCACGGUAACUAAUAGGAUCGAAGUAGGAGCAAUCAUGAGCUCGACAGGUCUGGCUGGUGCUAAUAGUGAUGAGGUAGUGACGGAUAGUGGAAGACCAAUUGCUACUGCUCCUGGCAGCUCGAUCAUGAUUAGGCCAACAGCACCAGCAACGCCGCAGAAUCUAUUGCAGAACUACUAUCCAUCUGCAUCAAUGACCGCAGCAACGAUCUCCUCAACGACAGCCGUGGCUCCAACUGAUCGUCACCAGCAUCAUUAUUAUCAUCAUAUGCAUCACCAUCACCGACUGUAUCAUACAAUUACCAACCACCAUCACGCAGCCGGUUCUCGAAGUCAACAGCCGCCCCUUCAACAGCCACAGCAGAGCCCAGAAUCGCUACAACAGCAGACACCUCAACAUUACAAUCACCACCCCAUCAGCGAUUCGCAUGGAACAUCUACAACUGUUUCAGGCGACGUUGGCGGUACAAGUGGAAUUUCGGAACCUGGUAAUUUAAGAAGGCAUCCGCAACACUGGAUGCGCUUUAAACCACGUAGUUUAAACCGUGGUAGAUCAGACAUCGGGUCGGAGAUGACCCCGAGCGAUGGUGAUAUACUAGAUGCAAAUUGUCCCAACGAUAACGGUACUGUAUUGAUGGAGGAAUCAAUCAUCUCACUGCUGCUGAAGCUACACUCCCAGUUAAGUGGAGCGCUUGACAGCUUCUCGCUUGACGAUGAAACAGAGAAGAAAACUGACUUGGGCGAUGAGCAACAGCAGCCACAAAUAGCGGUAUCCGUGGCGACGAUUAGUGAUAGUCAGGCGAUGGAAUUAGAUGAAGACGAGCCUUCGUCUGGGAUUGCAGAUUCCGAUGGUCACGGUGCUAACGAAGGAAACGACAGAAGCAGAAAAGCAAGUAAUGAUAAUACUGGAGACGUAAAAAGUAUCCAACAGCAGCAACGAAUGGACCAAAGUGAGUUGGGUAGUUGUAGUGACCGAACAUCAACACCGUGUCGUGAUGGUGGUUGGCCCGGUCGUGCCUAUGAAUCACGUAUCGGUGACGGGCCGUUUUUCAUUGGAAGUCUAUUACGAAAAAUCGCUGCACUUGAUGCAAGCUGUGCAGCGCGUAUCGAUGAGGUUCGGAGGGAGUUGUGGCCAAACCAAAGAGAGCGCCAAGCAGAGCAAAAGGCACGUGAGGCUAGGGAGAAAGAGGAAAGAACAAAGCGAGCGAAAGAGCGCCAGAAGAAAAUGAUGGAAGAAUUUGCUAAUCGCCAAAAGCGUUUCAUGUUACUAGCAAUGACAUCGAUGGGAGGCGAUCCGUCAAGUAUGGAUUGCUUUGAAGACGAAGAGGAAGAGGAUGUGGAUGAGGUGGAAGCGGCGGAGGCCGAGCUACAGCGGCAAGCUCAACUACUGCGCGAAACGGAGUACGACUGCAUAAUCUGUAACACAUCCGGCCCGAGCACGGAGUCGAAUCCGAUCGGACUAGUGGUACUGGUGGAAACAACUAGCGUAAUGGGGCACCGGCGGAACACGAACGAUCGUUUUGUUCUGCCACUCUGCUCAGAAGAUAGUGUCAAGCUUCAAAGAAAUGUUACUUUGGCAGGCGAGUUUAGUAAGCGUGUCGACUUGCUGCAGUGGAAGUUCGGCCAAACGUCAUGGUUUUUGUCGCACAACGUCGGUUGGGAGGGUGGGGUAUACAUUCAAUCGUGCGGUCACCAUGUGCACCUAUCUUGCCAAGACUCGUACCUAAAAUCACUACACACACCACGUAGCCCUAACAACUUGAACGUGGAAAUGGGCGAAUUCUUCUGUCCAGUGUGUCGCCAACUUGCAAACUCUGUUUUACCUCUCAGUCCAGCCCUAGACCGGCCGGCCACACUGAUCCGUACACCGACACCAACUCACGCGACGCUCGUGCUUGAUUUAAUCCGUCUAUUUCAGGAAAACAAGCGUGCAACGAUUGCGAGCAAGUUUUGCGAGGCGAUGGGUCGUGCUAUGGGCAAUAUCACCGCCUGUACGCAGCGCAAUAUUAAGAAGUUUCCGGUAACACGGCACAGUUUGUUCUCGUUCGUCGUCUCUAUCGCUCGUACUAACCUUGAGGCUGAAAUCAUCCAGCGAGGCGGUUCUCUUUGCAGCAAGGAGAACAUUAGGUUCAAACCCAAGCGUGACUGUAUAGUACCAUUACUACAUGUCUUGUCGCUGCACGUUCGCUGGAUGAUCAACGAUGAUUGGCCAAUCCGAUUUAAACUAGGUGACGACUGGCCAUGGCACUCGUGGUCGCGCCUAGCAGGCAUCCAACUCGGCUACGGUGUGGACAAGGAAGCAACAACGUCCGGGACUAACAACAAAAGCAGCUCAAACGAUGUUUGUGAUUUUAGCAGUUCAUCACCGACAUUUUCAACAAGUUUACAACACUGUAGUGAAAAAUCAACCGCAGCAACCGCUGUUAGUAAUGCAGGCGAUGUAGAAACGAUUCCUGAUUUAAUAAGCGAUCCAACAGCGCUCAUGCUAAAGUUUAUUUUGCUCGCACCAUUGCAUCUCGAUGAAGCAUAUUUUACGUGCAUCGUAAAAGUGCUAUACAACUUGUUGUACUAUCAAGUGGUGCUGCAGUUAUGCACACACCUUACCGAUGACGAAUGCGAGGAGCUAAUAGCUUGUUAUGGUACCGGGCCAGAAAUGGCAGUCCACGAGAAAGGUGUCUCACACAUCGGUGUUGCAAUGGCCUUCAUUUUGAAUCAUCUCGACCGCUGUAAGUAUAUUCGAAGCGACAGCAUUCUGAUGGCGGAUUCUGCUGCUGCUGCUGCCGUCACCACUGCCGCUGCCACUGCUUCGCAUACAUUAGCCACCCAUUCCGGUGCCGUAUGUUGCACACUCGAUGGAACAGCUGCUACGUCUUCAAAAGACAACGGGUCUACCUCCCGUAUCGAUCUCGGUAGAAUUGAAACACGUCUGCAACACCUUUGUCUGCCAUUCUUGCGUGUUGCCGCUCUUCUACAUCAUCAUAUUUACCAUAAAGAGUUACCGGUCAUUGCCGGACCGCACCUGGAGUUUGCCCGACUCAUCUACUACCUCGAUUUAGUGACGGUUUCUAUGGACUGGGAUAAUUUUAACGCCAGUAAAGCGCUCUGCUUUCUGCCUGGGACUGAGCUUUUGCUACCGAAGAACUGGUGUGAUCAGCUGCGCAAUCUGCGACCGACCUACGAGUCUACUCGCUCUCUUAUCGUUAGCCAGCAUAUCGAAUGGUGCCAGCCAAAGUUGCUCGGUCUGCCACGUGAAUACGAGCGGUUGUUUACAUAUUAUCACGAGCAGCCUUGUCAAAAGUGUCAGAAUGUACCUAAAGAAAGCUCCAUCUGUCUACUGUGCGGUACGAUUGUGUGCAUUAAACAGACUUGCUGUAAGGAACAAGACUGCUGCGAAGCUGUUCGACACUCAAUAAGCUGUGGCGCCGGUACGGGCAUAUUCCUCGUGAUAACGUCUACCUAUAUCAUUAUUAUUCGCGGGCAUCGAGCGUGUCUUUGGGGUUCACUGUAUCUAGAUGAUUAUGAUGAAGAAGAUCGUGACCUUAAACGAGGGAAGCCGCUAUAUCUAAGCGAGGAUCGCUUCAAUCUCUUGGAGUCACAAUGGUUGUCGCACCGCUUCGCCCACACCAAACACAAUUGGGUGUGGCAUCGUGAUUCGUUGUAGACCACUGCUUACGGUCGGGUGUAUUUGGUUUUCUUCUCGAUGAUACCAAAAGGUAAAGACUGAUGUGGUGUGGGAAAUACGAUCACUGGCAAAUAUGAUAAGCUCGAAGAUGCUUACAAGCUUUCAAAAGAAGAAGAAAUUGCGUAAUAGAAUGACGGGGGAAUAACCAAGCCGUGGGCACUAGCCUCGUUAAAAACAAUUUGCGACAAAUAUAGCACAACUGCAUCCUUAUUCGGUGUGUUGUAGGCGCAUUUAGAUUUUGUGGAUUUAGAGUUGAUAUUGAUAACUAUCGUCGUACUGUUACGACCGAGGUGGCAAAAGCUGAUUGAUUAUGAUGGCGAAAGCGUUAAUUGAUUUUAAAGAGGCUGCUGUACACGAUGCGAUUGUCGAGUCUUUUUGCGAUAGUACAGUUGCUCCCGUCCACCGUCGUUAGUUAACGGAAACGCGAGACUAGGAGUUUGCAGUUGACCAAGCACAGGCAAAUGAUCAGGUUGUAUGCCUAAUUAAUUGUGAUAACUAUUACUUGUAUCCAUGAACUUCUUCGAGUUCGUAAAAAAAUGAAGCAAGACCUACUGCAUCACAGUCAUCUCAUAGUUUUGCGCAUUAGAGAAUUGUAUGACUAAAUUGGGUAAAGUUUUGAAACUUUUUUAUAAGCAUUGGCAGUGAAACUAUGUUUAAAAAAAGUAUAAAGAAAGGAAAGAACAUUGUUAGUUAUUUUCUUCUCCUGGGUCAAGGGGAGACCUCCUCCCUUUACAACAUACUCAACAUUAUGUUCAUUCUUCAUUGUUGUUUAAUUUUGAUGUGUGGUAGCUGAUGAGAGGUAGUCGAUUCAAAGAGAUGUGACUAUAUUUGCAUUGUUUAUUUUUUUUUUUGCUGCGUUUGCCCCAAGUUAUUCUCUACUUUUCAUAUUUUGUAAGCAUUUAAGUUAGCCAUUGAAAAUAAUGUAAAGUAAUACUACAGCAUUAGUAGCACAGCAUUAAUUAAUUGUAAUUACUAAUGUAAUAUUGUAAUUUAGCGUAAGAUGACUAUCGGUAACAAUCGAUAUCCAAAGUGAGAAUACGUUUGCAUGAAUGAAAAGACUAAUCAACAUAAUAUAGGAAUGAGUUGAAAAUAGAAGAGAACUAAAUCAAAGCUGUUCUCUAAUUUGGAACAAAAUAAACGACAUACACAUAAUAGAAAAUUAUGUUUACAAUUAAUAAGCUAUUGAGAUAUAAAAAAAACUUGCAAAUCAAAGCUUGCGAACCAUGAACGCCUGUAUCAUCGCUCUGUAUCUGUUUUUCUUUUAACAAUCCAUCAUUAAAAAUGGUUCCAUUGGGGGUAAUGAUGCCCUGUACUGGAUAUACUGUAUGUAACGAUCGAUUGUAUGAAUAUUCUAGUACGAAAAACCUCUGGCGUUUCGGAUAAGAUGGAUCUAAGAACUUCCUCUGGCAGAUUACAAUCACACUAUUAGUAUCAUGUAAAAAUCAUGUUAUCAUGUAAAUAUUUAGUAACAGAAGGAUGAAUCUGUUUUUCUAUCUUAAAUUUUUUCGUUUGAACGGAGUG